AUUAUUGUUGACGCCAUUGCGCCGCAUCCUUAAGAGAUUACGCUCCACAACGAAGGAAAAGAAUAGAUGUCUCAUUCACAAUCACCAGUUUGAUCUCGGACUUUCAUCAUACGAUGGAAUAGGCGUUGCAAUACACGUUUACAUUUUUUUUCUCAGCGGUCAUCCUUGCUGGCACAUCGUAUAUGUUGGUCUCUACCUGCGAGUGACUUCCCUCAGCUCAAAGAUGUCACCAGGAUCUGAAGAGGAGCAGAAGGAAGUGCACCGCUUCCACAGCUACUUGCACGGAGGGACGUCCAGCCUGCUCUCCACCCUGCCCACCCUCAUCGUCUUUCCCAUCUACAAGACUGUGUUCCGUCAGCAGAUCCACAACAGCCAGGUCCUGGUGGCUGUAGGGCAGCUCUACAAGGAGGGCCCGGCCAAGCUCUACAGGGGAGUGGUCCCACCAUUGCUGAUGAGGACCCUGAAUGGCACCCUGCUCUUCGGCCUGCAGGACACCUUCCUGCACCGUCUCUCGCGCUUGUCCCAGGGCCUCCUGCCCUCGUCCACGCUGCCUGCCCUGGCAGGGCUUGGUGCAGGUGUGGUGGAGGCAGUGGUCUUCACUCCCUUCGAGCGAGUGCAGAACGUGCUGCAGAACGGCCAGAACGACCGACACCUACCGUCCCUCAAGAGUGUCCUGCUCAAGUUACGCUCACAGAGUCUGCCGUUGGGGUUCUACCGGGCCGUGCUGCCUGUCACAGCCCGCAAUGCUCUGGGCAGCUCCCUUUACUUUGGUCUGAAGGGGCCCGUGUGUGCCCUCGUGGCCGGGCAGGGCUUCUCACCGCUGCUCUCCUCCUUCUUAUCGGGAACAAUGAUCUCCAUGGUGGUGAGCUUGGCCCUGUACCCGCUCUCUGUGCUGGUGUCUAACAUGCAGGCUCAGGUGGGUGGGGAGCUGAGGGGCGUCCUGGCCUGCUGGCGGGUGCUGUGGACAUCCAGACAACGCAGCGUGGCUCUGCUGUACCGAGGGGGCUCCCUGGUCAUUCUGAGGUCCUGCGUGACCUGGGGAAUCACCACGGCCGUCUAUGACCGGCAGGAGAGGAAAGGAUGAUGCCAGCACCUCCCACUGGGGGCGUGGCUCCAGUGGUCACCUACUGCAGGCAUCGUCUCUCACCGUCAACACUGACUCAGAGGCACGUUCAGAGUGGGGAUCAUUUCAGGUGUUUCCAAAGAACUGGGCUCUCUGUGUUAUCACUAGGUCUCCGACUGGAAUUGCUCUGCUGUUAUUAAGUUAUAAAGUAAUUCAUCAACGCGAACAACACAGAUUAGUGCUGCUACUUUGGCUGGGAGCACUGGUCAGUGCACCGCUUCCACGAGCAGCACACCGUACGCUGUGAUGUCCUGACCGAUCGAUGGGCAGCGGCAGGAUUAUUCAUCACUGAAACACUUCCCCCAGUUCAAUCUCAUGACAUCAAUAUCGUUCAUGUGUAAAAUAUUGAAAGUAUGAUUCAUCACAAUUGAUGACUGAUGAAACCUUGAAUUCAUAUUUUCAGUUGCGUGCUAGUUGGAGUAUGUCAAUCUCCCCCCUGAUUGUCAUCCUUGUUUUUGGACACACGUCAUAAUGCCACGUUGUUUAACAAACCAAGGUUGAUGCACUUACAUGUGGUGCAGGUCUAAAUCUGAUGCCUUUUGUUCUCCUCAGCAGUGCCGCAGUAUGAGCCGUUACCAUUUAAGAAAAAACUCACCCUGCCUUUGUUGGGACGACUGUGCAAAGCUGUAGUGCAAUAAUGAGUUUGAACUGUUUUACCUCUACUGUACAUCGCGCAGUUUUAGUGAAGUAUAAACUGUGCUGUUGUCAACAAACUGAAACUGAAUUUAACUGCAAAAAAUGCCUGGACUGUUCCCCUCAAGGUGCCACAAGUGCUGCAUCAUCCAUGAGCUCAUGCCUGUUGUCCAUCCCUGUCAAGUGGCAAAGCUCCUGUCUCUGCUUCAGCCACCGCCCCUGUCUUUCCUCGAAUCUAAUCUAAUGGAUGCAAAGCCCCUCUCCUCCUUGCUAUACUCAGGUCAACAUUUGAACAUGCAGCCAAGGGUCAAGAUGUGUUUUUGAAUGUGAAUAAAUGACACUCCUCAGGGAUUCACACUCUGUUGGGUGUUGUGUUUUGGUUUUUCACACUGCAGUGCAAGGCUUCGUCCACUAGAGGUCAGUACGCUGACAUCAACCCAGCGAUUCGCUUCUACUCGGCUGCAGAUCAUCACAAACAGCUCCCAGAGACGGAUGACGGAUCAUGGUCAAAUGCGGUUA